GCAUUGACGCGAACUGUGAUUCCCACACAGCAAUCGCCCACCACUUUGCCAGUGAUUACUCAGAGAAAAGCAAAGUUAAAGCAAAAGCUGAAGUUGUAGCAGCAAAAAUGGCUCUGAAACUGUUGGUUGGUCAAAAGAUCAUGAAUGAGGUCGUCCGCAGCAAGACGAAAUCGGACGGCAAACCUGGUACGGAAUGGAGAAUCCUAAUCGUCGACAAGCUGGCCAUGCGUAUGGUUUCGGCGUGCACCAAAAUGCACGAAAUCAGCGCGGAAGGUGUCACCUUGGUAGAAGACAUCAACAAGAAGCGGGAGCCUCUGCCGGCGAUCGAAGCGGUCUACCUGAUUACGCCGUCAGAAGAUUCGAUACGUUUGUUGAUGCGGGAUUUUGAGAAUCCUGCCAAACCGACAUACAAGGCGGCACACGUGUUCUUCACCGAGGCUGUACCAGAAGAACUGUUCAAUAUUCUGGGCAAAGGCACCGUAGUGAAGUUCAUGAAAACGUGCAAAGAACUGAGUAUUGCAUUUAUUCCGUAUGAAGCGCAGGUGUACUCACUUGACUCGCCCGUCACCUUCCAAUGUGCGUAUUCGCCCGCGCUUGCGUCGGCUCGCAGCGGCAACAUGGAGCGCAUUGCCGAACAAAUUGCCACCCUAUGCGCGACGCUCGGGGAAUAUCCGUCCGUUCGUUACCGUAGCGAAUGGGAUGGCAACGUGGAGCUAGCCCAAAUGGUGCAGCAAAAGCUGGACGCGUACAAGGCGGACGAGCCGACGAUGGGCGAAGGUCCGGAAAAGGCCCGCUCGCAGCUGCUGAUUCUCGACCGUGGGUUCGAUUGCGUUUCGCCGCUGCUGCACGAGCUAACGCUGCAGGCGAUGGCGUACGAUCUGCUGCCCAUCGUGAACGACGUGUACAAGUUCAUCCCGUCGCCGAAUGCGGCCGAGAAGGAGGUGCUGCUGGACGAAAAUGACGAUCUGUGGGUGGAUCUGCGCCAUCAGCACAUUGCGGUGGUGUCGCAGAGCGUGACGCAGUACUUGAAGUCGUUCACCGAAUCGAAACGCCUCACGCAAAGCGAAAAACAGUCCAUGAAGGAUCUGUCGCAGAUGAUCAAAAAGAUGCCCCAGUACCAGAAGCAGCUGUCCAAGUACUCGACCCAUCUGCACCUGGCCGAGGAUUGCAUGAAAUCGUACCAGGGGUACGUCGAUAAGCUGUGCCGCGUGGAGCAGGAUCUGGCCAUGGGCACGGACGCGGAGGGUGAGAAGAUCAAGGAUCACAUGCGCAACAUUGUGCCGAUCCUGCUGGACCAGAACGUUUCCAACUACGACAAGGUGCGCAUUAUCGCGCUGUACGUCAUGAUCAAGAACGGCAUCUCGGAGGAGAAUCUGACCAAGCUGGUCACGCAUGCACAGAUCGACCAGAAGGAGCGCGAGAUGAUCCACAACCUUACCCAUCUGGGUAUCAACGUUAUUGCAGAUGGCAAUCGCAAGAAAUCGUACACCGUGCCGAGAAAGGAGCGCAUCAACGAACAUACCUACCAAAUGUCCCGCUGGACACCCGUCAUCAAGGACAUCAUGGAGGACGCGAUCGACAACAAGCUGGACGAGCGUCAUUUCCCCUUCCUCGGUGGCAGAAAGAUGGCCGGCUUCCAUGCGCCAACCAGCAGUAGUGCACGCUACGGCCAUUGGCACAAGGACAAAUCGCAAACGGCGGUUAAGAACGUACCGCGGCUAAUUAUGUUUGUGGUCGGAGGCUGCAGCUACUCGGAGAUUCGCUGCGCGUACGAGGUCACGUCCGCCGUCAAGAACUGGGAGGUGUACAUCGGCUCGUCCCACAUCCUGACGCCGGAAACCUUCCUCAGCGAUCUGGGCUCGCUCAACAAGGAGUAAGGUGGAGGGGCAGUGCAAUUCAGCCGCUAGGGGUGGAGGCGAUGGAGCUGCGCCGAUUUAACACCGUUCGCUUUCCUUGUGAUCCUCAGACCGUGUUCGAAUUGCUGUUCUACCAAGAGUGGAAUAGUAUGACAGUCAUAAAGAUGAUGAGUAUUCUAUUUGUUAUCUGUUAAGAAAAUGAAUGCAUGACUCCCGUUUGAGCAAACUCCCACACACUGACACAAAGCCACAGCCACAGGUUCCGGUUAGGGGUGCCAUACAACCGAAACACCGAUCGAGAAGGGAGUUAAAUUUGAAGUUUGAAAACUUACAAAACUCUGCGCAGAGUGCGACGGAGGAAGAUAUCAACCCGGUCUGAGGAAUGCAUCUGAUAAUAAUCAAUGAGAAAGAUUUUGCGUUUCUUUUCCUGUUGGCAUUUUGCAAGCUCUUUUAGACUAUUUAACGGUACAUUCCUUUGCAAAGGAAAACGAUUGUGAUUAGCUUCCGUUUCUUGCUUUAUUUUGCAGAGAGAGAGAGAGUGGCGCGCAAGGUAACUGCGCAAGCACUCUCGCGUAUUGUUGCGUUCCUCUAUUAUGCCUAGUACGUUUCAUGAUUCCCGGCGGAAACGCAGUGUACGCUGGGUGGUACGCAUCACGUUUCCGGGAUUGUUUCGCUACUUGUUGUUACUUGUGUGGAUAGUCAUAUUGGAUUUUAAUCGUUUACGUUAUAAGCUAUGGUUUUAUUAUCGAUUGUGCAGCAUGCGUACAAUCAUCUUAUUAGCCAAUUACAUCGAAGUGAAGUUAGGAGGGUUAGUUUCCGUUGCAUUAGUUCAGGCCAACCGUUUGUCGCAGUUACAGUUUUCAACCAUUCGCUUUCGGUUUAACUUGCGAGAAGUAUUAGUAGCGAUGUGAGUGGGGAGAAAUAUCAAAAGCAAUGUAAUGAAAUGAAACAAAAUGGCAUCAUGCACGAGUCAAACACACAUUCAAAACAAAAAUAAUAAUAAUAAUAAUAAUAAUGCGCCAGCGCUUGGAUCAGCAAAACAUAAGUUGUGCGGAAACAUUUACCACAAAGUCACAUUAGCAUAAAUAUACACCAGACGAAAUAGGGAUAAGAAAUGCGACAAAGAGAGAGAGAGAAAGAGAGAA